AAGUAAGGUCGAUCAUCUAUCUCAUUGAUAUGCUGUGAGACAAGUGGCUGGAUGCGAGGCGUUUGCCUUCUCCAGGAAUCGCAACAUCGUUUAUCGCACCCAAAGUAGCAUCAACUGCCUUAUUGUUCGGCAUGGAAAGACUACAUUUUGUUCAUUUACCAAGGGGGGCUUGAGGUGGCGGUUGAGCCUUCCUCCCUUGGUUGCCUCUCAUGAUGGUGACAAUUCAAUUGAUUCCAUACUUGUCUUUUGUCUAGCCUCCAACUCUCCACCCUGCUCACUCUUUUAUCUUCUCUGCUUUUUCCUUUGAUUGCUGCUCUUCUAUCGUUUAUUUUCUUCCUCUCCGUGGACUCCAUUGAUGAUUUAUAACCACUUGGACAUAAGUGAUUAGAUCAUUUAUUUGUUGGCGGUUGAGCAUCCAGUACACAAUAUGUAUUCCCAAAACGCACCUAGAUUUCUCGCCUGUCUCGCGGGCUAUGCAGCGCUUUUUGGCAGCCACGGAGCCCUGGCAGGGCCAGUCGAGCAAAGAGCUGAUAUUGCGCAAAGAGAUGCCAAACCCGAAGCUGUCUGGAAGGACCUGUGGUCCUAUAUUGAUAAAAGGGAGGCCGAACAUCCCGCCACGGAUGCGACUGCUACUUCGGCCACGAGUGUAUCAGCAGCGAGCGCCAUCGCAGAAGCUACUUCCACUGGCACGGAGGCCGCUCCAGCAGCGAGCGCCACCAACGGAAUAUCAGUUCCAAAAUGCACCAACAAAGAUGGUGAUAAUGCACCAUUUUGCCAGCCUACUCAGGGCGAGGAAUUGGUUGCUGGAGAGACUUAUUUCGUCACGUGGGAUCCCAGUUUCUUCACCAUCAAUUCGACAGUGACCAUUGAGGCAAAACCCAGCGGGGCAUCCGAAGAUGAUGACAAAGUCGACACUUGGUCGUCCAAACCGUCAUUAAAUAUUUUUGGCCAUGUCUCUCUAACCAUGACCAAGUCAAUUAUCAGUGACAACGAUUCUGAACGUAACCUAACUCUCUACCUUGUUGCGCUAGACGUCAAUGGACGGUCUCCCCCACAGACUUAUACAGGACCCACUGUGCUUCUAGUUGGAGCCAAGUCCGGACAUUCUGGCAGCGGUAGCCAUCCAAGCCAAGGAACUGGUUUGGCGAUUGGUCUUCCGAUUGCUAUCAUCAUCAUCUUGCUUGUCAGUAUCGGUCUAUACUUUGGCAUGCGCAAGCAUCGUGGCACUCGCAAAGGCUAUGGUAUUGGGAAGUCACGACGACAACGAAUGGGCGGACACAUUCCCCUCGACCAAGAUGAGGGAUCUGUCCCGCUUGGUGCGGACUUUCAGCAGGCUAAUGGCGGUCGACGUGCAAACAAAGAGGAGACUCUGCUGCAGGCUGAAGAUGCUGCUACCGGAUACGACAAUGCUCCUACGUCUGGCCCUCCGAACGUCUUCCGCGAUGAAAUUGAGAGGCAGCGGACUGGCCGAAAGUGAGAAGAGCAUUGGUGGAUGAAAGUAAAAGCCUGAACAACUUGCAGGACUAAAAUUUCCACCCUUUUCCACUAUUUCUGACUCGAUUCAUCUUUUCUCCGGCGCAUAUCUACGUUUAUUUAUUUUCAUCUUCGAAGUGGAAUUCCUCUAAAUUGGUAUUGUUUUGGCGCUUUUAUUUUGUCAAAAGAGGAAAACGAACAAUGAUACUGGAUUUGUUUGUUCAUGCAUAUAAUGCUUUUCUUUAAUCAUCUCCACC